GUGGCUACCAUCAACGAGAUCUAAUUUCUUGAUCGGGGACCGAUCAAACUGCAAGCGUUUGUGGCUCACUUUCAACACUUUUACUUACAGAGCUAUCCUAUCGAUUCAAUAUGUCUACUACUGCUCCAUCUGCACCUUCACCAAAAUCCGUCUUGUUCGCGCGUGGAGUGCUCGCCCGCCUCGCAAUUUGGCCCGCCCUCCGCAUCGCAGUCGAGCAGAGUUGGGGCGGCCCCGAGUCCGCCGAAAAGCGUACCUGGCUCGCGUCAGUCCUCGUCGAUGCAUUCGAGCAGGAAGACCCCGCGCCGGACGUCGAUUAUGUCGAGCUUACGCUGCUGCAAGUUAUGGAGGACGAGUUCGACACGACGCUCGAGGACGGCAGCACUCAGAGCGUCGCGAAUGACGUCGUGCAGAUGUGGGAGGCGAUAUGUGCAGGGAGACAGGAUGCGGUGACGAGGAUUGAGGACCAGGCGGAGAAGCUGAAGGGCAAGCGGAUGCAGGCGAAGGAGGUCAUCGCGGAUGAAGAUGACUUGGAGGACGAGAGUAGCAGCGGUGAGGAAGGAGAUGGCGAUGUUCAUGAGGAGAAGCCGGAUGGUGAAGCACCUAUGCUCAUCGAUCGGCAAUCAAAUCGAAGGCAUGAAGAGCCGCAGGUGGACGAGGACGGCUUUACUGUGGUGAAAGGCAAGGGCAGAAAUCAUCGGUGAACACGAAGUGUUCUCCGGAUCUACAGUGUAUUGAUCGACUACAUUUAAUGAUAUACCUCAAAAGCGGGAGUUGGUCCGCCAUCGCUGCAAAUGUAAUGUCACAAUCACCGUCUGGAUGGUUAGAUCGGACCACACAGCGCGAAACAGAUUUUGCAGAUACACGAAGGAUGUUAUACAAUUAUAUGACAUUACUUCGUACAGU